AUGGCACGUUGGGGGAUUGUUGGUUUAGGAGAAUUCGCUCAAAAAUGGGCUAAAGAUGUGUUUGAAAACUAUAAACUUGAACAAAAUGCCCCUGAACAAGUAUUGGUGGCGGUGGUCUCCACCAGUAGCUUAGCUAAAGCUGAUCAAUUUGUCCGGGACUUAAAGUUGAAUCAAGACACCUCAGUUUCUACUUUUGAUGAUUAUAAUCAAUUCUUAGAAGCUGACAUUGAUGUGGUUUAUGUGGCCGCCCCAAAUUCAGCUCAUUUUUCCCUUGCUAAAUCUGCUAUUGAUGCUGGAAAACACGUAUUGUUAGAGAAAACUUUCACCACCAGCCAUGAAGAAGCAGUGAUCUUGCAAAAAAGUGCAAGGAAGAACAAUGUGUUCCUUCUUGAAGCGGUUUGGACUCGAUUCCUUCCUUCAACCAAAAAGAUCUGGGACUUAGUGGACCAAAAAACCAUUGGAGAUAUAAUUCAAGUCUCAGCUGAUCUCUCACAUUUGGUGCCCUAUGAGCCACAACAAAGGCUCUUCAACCCUGACUUAGGUGGUGGAGUGCUUUUCGAUAGUAUCAUUUAUUCUAUUACUUGGACAUUUGGGUUAUUACGUUCCAAGUCCAGUAAUUAUACCACCACUGGGCUUACUGUUGCUCUGAAAUCGGGGGUAGAUGGAGGGGCUACUGUUGUUUUGGCAUUCCCAGAUUUGGGAGCAUUUGGUAUUGCUACUGGAAGCUUUUACGGAGAAUCUCCUCCAUAUGCUGUGACAAUUCAAGGUAGCAAAGGAACUAUCUAUGUAGACAGAGCAUCGCGGCCUUCUAAGGCCAUAGUUCAUGUCCAUGGCGAGUCCGAACGGGAGCUUGAUUUAAACUUUGAAGGGUUGGGAUACUUUUACGAAGCUAACGAAGUUGCUAGAGCCAUUAAACGUGGUGAUUUAGAGACGGAACUUUAUCCAGUAGAUCAAUCUGUAGAGAUAGUCAAGAUUCUUGAAGAAAUUAGAAAUAAAUCAGUUUAG